GACAGCGUCAGCUACAGUUCUGCAAUCAGUGCAUGCGGAAAGUGUGACCAAUGGCAGCGGGCACUGUCGCUGCUCAGUGAAAUGGUUGCAGCAAACAUGCGGCCUGAUGUCUUUAGCUACAGCGCUGGGAUCAGCGCUUGCGGGAAAAGCGGGGAGUGGCAGCUGGCGCUGUCCAUGCUUCAUGGCAUGCGGGAAGCGCGAUUGGAACCCGAUGUCUUCUGCUGCAGUGCUGCCGUCAGCGCGUGCAGCGAGGGUGAGCACUGGCAGAUGGCAUUGUUAUUGCUCGACCGCAUGGCGGGCGCGAGUUGGGGGCCGAAUGGUGUCUGCUUGAAUGCCGGAAUCAACGCGUGGGAAAACGGCGGGCAUUGGCAGCAGGCGUUGUUGCUGCUCGGCGACAUCAGGAGGCUGAAGCUGGAGCUCGGCAUCGUCGGCUGCACUUCUGGGGUCAGCGCGUGUGCUCAAAGCGGACAGUGGCAGCAGAGCUUCGCUCUGCUCGGCGACGUGUUGAGUGCAGCCCUGGUGCCUAACGUCGUCACCUACGCCGUCGUGUCCCGUGCGUGCGAGGUGGUCCGGCAGUGGCGGCAGGCCCUGGCGGUGCUCAGGCAGGUCGUGGACGCCUCGCUGGGGCCAGACGCCACGUGCUGCACGAACGGGAUUGGCGCGUGCAAUGUGGCCGGGCGGUGGGAGACUAGCAUCGGCGCUGCUUGGCGGGCUGAUCGAGGCGGAGCUCGAGCCGUCUUCCCGGAGCUUCAACCUGGGGAUGUUCGCGUGUGCGAGGGGGGGGCGCUGGCAGCACGCGCUGUCGACGCUGCGCGGCCUGCUGGACGCACGGCUGGAGGCGAAUCACUUCACCUUCAACGCCGCGAUAACCGCGUGCGCCACGGCUGGCGAGUGGCGACAGGCGGUGUUCAUGCUGGGCCGGCUUCGGGAGGCAGCCUUGCAACCAGAUCCGUAUUUCCAGACCAUGUGCUACAACCCCGCCAUAGCGGCUUGCGAUGGAUGCGGACAGUGGCAGUUGGCGUUGGCGCUCAUCAGCGAGAUGCGUGAAGCAGGUUUAGAGCCUGACAUCAACAGCUACACUCUCGGAGUCAACGCGUGCGAGGCAGGCGGGAACGCCGAGCAUGCGUUAUCGUUCCUCAGUGAUGUGUUGGCAAUCGGAAUGGAGCCGGGCUUCCUCACCUCCAGCGUCGGGAUCAGUAAGCGCAUGAAUUAGAAGUGCGGAAAUUAGUAAAUGUUCACGCUUCUGUUGAAUUCGACAUCUGUCGUAUGAGACGUAUCUUGUAUCCGAAUGCCCCCCCCUCGUCUCGCCACCCCCCUGUGGUCGCCGCCAAACGGUUGAAUGUCUUGGCCGCUGCAGCAGGCUUUACCAGCGUGAACCUUCGCUGCAGAGUGCUCGGCACGGUGGGAUCUCUCGGCGAUGAACUGCAGUGGGGGCGCGCAUCAAGGCACCAUCUGUUUCUCGUCAGGGUACCCUGGGUUUCUUCGCUCCUCGCGCCUCGCGGUGACUUCCCGCGGCCGUCGAAGAAGCUGCUGCGUUCGGGGUGCCCUGGGCUUCCCCCCAGUCGCACCUCUCGCGCGGGUCUUCGGGGCUGGGUUUCUUGCGAGGGUUUCUUGCGGCCGCGCCUGCACUGUAGCUAUGCUGUGACAGCGACGCCGCUGCCGCUGCUUACCGAUUUGGGGCAAGCGAGAGCUAAUAUUCAAAUUACGCAGACAUGUGCGUGUGGCUCGGCCACGCGAAGAGGGGGGUGGACGGAGGGGAAAGGCUUCUUAGAAGCACCCCUGCUUCUAAGAUGCCUUCCCCCCUCUCCCUUCUCCCUUGUGCGCGAGGCCAAGCAACUCUCCCGCGUAAUGAAAGAUGCCGAUCUAGAGAUAUUGGGGCGGGGCUGCCAGGCAGCAGCGCCCUUACGCGAUGACUGUAACACGGAUUCCAUGCCUCAUCGUGGGCGUGGCCGUCACUGCUAUUCCCCGAUCGCCCUCUCCAGAGUCAAGGGCUCCCUCGAGGGCGCGAAGUUAUUCGCGCUUCGCGCUUCGCGGUCCUCGUUCCUUCUCCUCCUCCUCCUCGUCCUCCUAUUCUCCCUUUGGGAGGGCGGCGCGAGAGCGCGAAGUUAUUCGCGCUUCGCUCUUCGCGCAGCGCGAAGCGCGAAGUUGGGAG